AUGAUUAUUAUACAUGGUCAUGAUAAUACCCUUUCAUCUAUACCUCAAUUAAGUCCAUCAUUAAGUUCAAUAAAUGGAUAUGACGGUGAAUCAAUAUCAUCUAAUAAAAAUGAUAAUAUAACUCAAACUAUAUCAGUGAUGUAUACAGAACAAUCUACAAUAAAUAGAAAUGGACCAAUUGCAGAAGAAGAAGAAGAAGAAGAAGAAGAAGAAGAAGAACAAAAACGACGAGAAAAGAUUAAAGAAGAAAAGGAGUCAAUGCAACCUAAAACGGUAUCCAAUGGUGAAACGGAUCAUGUUACUAUGGCAGCAAACGAGGAAAGGGAAGAAAAACGAAAAGAAGAACAAAGUUCAACCGGAACUUCUGAAAUUGAAGAAAAUACUAUUGUAAAUUGUAAUAAUACUACUACCAUUACUACUACUACUACUACUACUACUACUACUACUACUACUACUACCACGAAUACUACGACUACUACUACUACUACUACUACUACUACUACUACUACUAUUGAUUAA